AGAAGAAUAACAUAAAGAAACACAAAAGAGUGACAGAAUGUCAACAAACAGUCCAAAACCCAAUAAAUUCUCAAUUAAAUUCAAUAAAAACCCUCUGAGUGCGAACCGAAUACCGAAGACUGGUCAAAAUGAACCAGACAGUAAAAACGUUUGCAAGGAACAAUCAACCAGCGAAGACAUCUUGACAAAGAUGGCCGUCGCAGAAAUUCUCAAAGAAACAUCUAAAGGGGCAAUCAGAGCCGAACAAGUUGGACCUUCCGGCUGGCUACCUUGUCCGCUCAUGAAGACAAACAAAAGAUUUUUGCGCAACACAAUCAAAUCGGUGAUCAGUCACAAUCGAUCCAGUGUCAACAAACCAAAGAAAUCGAACGAUGAAUUGGACGAGAUUAUUCGACGAGGACAGAAAAGAAAACCGAAAUUUGGUGAGAGAAAACACUGUUUCAGGCGACCGCGACCUACUCAUGACAGAGAUCGUGAAAGUAGUACAAGUAGUAGAUCGAAAGGAGUGAGUGGCAGUACUUAGAAGUUGGAUGAUUGGACGUCAGAUGACUGUGUAUGUGAGGCAGCUGGUAGCUAGUAGUAUACACAGUCGACUACUAAUUUCCAUUUUGUAAAUAAAUGAGUCAUCGAACAGCA